AUGACCAAGACAACUCCACUCGACUUGAAUCAUUUCAAUGAAGUCACACGUACCAAUCUCCUAAACCUGUUGAGUAAGAUCUACUCAACCUCAAAUUUACUAGUCUUGGAUCCGGUUCUUUCACCAUUGAUAAAUAGUCUCACAACAUUUCUGAUCAUCAAGGAACAUGGCCAUUGUCAGAAUGUCGCCUGGUUGAAUGACGAAUUACUGGAGUUACCAUCCACGGUGCUAUCAAAAUACACGAGCUUGAUCAUUUUGAUCCCUGAAUCAGAAGCCAAUUUGGCCAAAUUGGAGAAAAAUAUACGACAUAUACAACAAGAAACCCCUAGUUUGAAAUUCAACAUAAUAAUCAAGGAUCUAACCAAGUCCUUUGUGUACCAACUCAACAAGCUUUUCAAUGGCAUUUUGGAUUUCGAAAAGAUUUUGGACUUGUCAGAGCCACUGAAACCGUUGAGUAUAACCUCGAAAAUCAAGGUGUUCAAUUGGUCGACUGAGCCGUUGUACGCAGAUGGGGUAUUGAUCACUGAUAUCAGCCAGUAUUCAGGUUUGGAUGACUAUUACUCGACACCGAUUAAGCUGAUAAACCAAUUGACCAAGGCCAUUUUGCAAGUGUUGUUUGUCGGUAUCAAAAAUGGUGAAGAUGAACAUAAACACUAUUUCAAGCUUCGAAACAUAUUUGGUAAGGGAAACCAUUCGGACUUGUUGAUCAAGACCCUUUUACAAUCUCAGAUACCCAGUUUUUUGAAUGAACAUAUGGCACCAUCUGAGAUUGAAUUUUAUGAGGAGAGGUUGCAUAGUAAUACGGAUAUGGUUGUUAUUGAACGUAAUUUGGACAUGAUGCCUGUCUUGUUUAGUCAAUUGACAUACCAUGGCAUAAUUGAUGACUUGUUUGAUAUUGAAUUUGAGUCUAUUGUCAAUUUAAAAGACGAGGACAGUGUCAGCAAGAACCUCACCAAGGAUGAAUUGUAUAAUCGAGACUUGAAGCAUCUAAAUUUCUCAGCUAUUGGAUCGAGGUUGAACAAGAUGGCAAAAAUUAUACAACAAAAGUUCAAAGACUCUGGAGCUUCAGGAGGAGAUACAAAUAUCGAUGACAUGAAAAAUUUGGUGUCCAAUUUAGGGAGCCUAACUCUACAGCAAGAUUUAAUCAAAAAGCACACCAUUAUUGGAGAGUCGGUACUUUCCAAAAUCAACAAUGAAUAUGAAAAGUUUCUCACUUUGCAAAAUGACAUUUUCGAAAUGGAUUAUAAGUUGCAAAUGUCGAAGUUGAAGUCAUUUAUUAAUGCCAAUUAUCAAAUUGAAUUCAUAUGGCCAACGAUAUUGUUGAUAGGAUAUAUCAAUGAUGGUGUUCCAAGUAAAGAAUUGGGAAAGCUUUCAACAGACUUGCAAGAUAAUUACGGACUAUCUGCGUCAAUUGCAUUGGAAAAAUUGGUUGAUUUGAAGUUGAUUAGAGUUAUACACGAUUCGUCGAAUGAUUUCUUCACGUCUUUGGGGUGGACAGCCCAAAAGAAGCAUCAACCUGUUAACGACUUGCAUGAAAAAGAUGACAGGGAAGUUGCAAUUUCCGGAGGUAAAGAUGUGUUGAGGAGUAACUACACCCUAAUCAACAAAUUCUGGAAUUUGCAUCCCUACGACGACGACUCAAUUGAAAGCAACAACAACGCAAAUUCUUCAACAAGAGAUCUGACAAACCUUUUGCAAUUAUACCCCAACCCGUCAUUCACAUUACCGGGAAAUACUGUUCCGCUAACUUUCCGAAUCAUUGAAUCCUUAUACUUUCGUGAUUUUUUAAAGUACAAGCCCGUAAACAAUAUCAAAUCACGACCAAAUUGGGAUAACCUCGGUUUGAACACGAUGUUGGCUGGUAAAACAGUCGAUAUCAACUUGGACAAUGUCAAUGAUGAUAAACUGAAGUACUUGAUAGUGGUGGUUAUUGGAGGAAUUACGAGAAGUGAAUUGACGUGUUUAAAGUAUCUUGAAGAGAGAUUCAAAGCGAAAGGAACACCAAAGGAAAUUAUUGUGAUUUCUAAUGGGAUCAUCAACAACAAAGACCUAUGGCAGUUCAUCACUGAGUAG